UUGUUGUCUGUCAGUCUCGUGUUGGGUGCAGUGUUGAGAACAUGCCAUGAGCCGAGCCGGUUGUUGGGACAGGUGUGUCCAAUGGGGCGAUCUUUUGGGACCACGAACGGAACAUCCUCAGCCGAAGGCAAACGGACACCUAAACAGUACCAAGAAGGCGUUAACGAUGAAAAAAGAAGUGAUUAAAGGGAUUAUAAACGAGGAGAAAAGAAAAUACCAAGGAGGAAGAAUAUCCGACGCACGAAGUAAAGACACACAUGGAGUCGGACCUAAAGGCAGAAAAUUGAAUGGGAACGGUGUUGCCCACAGGCCAGAUGAUAAACAAUCUACUCUUUCCAGGUUGUGGACUGUUGAGAGGCCGCGAGGGAACGGUUCGACAUAUCAAGCAGUGCGGAGGGCCUGCAGAGAACGGGGUUGCCUUUAUGAAGACAACGAGUUCCCACCGCUUCCUCGGUCUUUGUAUAGGCACAAAAAACCGCACCUGCAUCCUAUCAUUUGGAUGAGACCUCACGAGAUGUGCCAGCGGCCUAGAUUUUACUCAGAAGGUAGCCGAAGCGAUAUCGAAAGUGGUGAACUUGGUGAUUCUUGGUUCAUCGGCGCUGUUUCUUCCCUUACUCUCACCCCGAGAUUCCUCGACCGAAUCGUCCCACCAGACCAAAGUUUUGACACUACAUCAAAUUAUUGUGGACUUUUCCGGUUUAGGUUUUGGCACUUUGGAGAGUGGAAAGAAGUUCUAAUUGAUGACAGACUCCCAACUUUCAAGGGACGACUGGUAUACUCCCACUCGACCAAUCCAACUGAAUUUUGGGUCGCAUUACUAGAGAAAGCUUAUGCCAAAUUAUACGGAUGUUAUGAGAACCUCAGCAGUGGUGGUAGUACUACAAGAGCACUGCAAGAUCUGACAGGAGGGAUUGUACAAAGUUUUGGACUGACUAAUCAAGAUAGGUACCUAACAUACCAAGUCUUGAAUAGUGCUGUACCACGAUCUAGUCUUCUUAUUGCAAGCAUCAAUCCAGAGAAAGAGAACAAAAGACAGUUGAGACUGAGAAAUGGACUCAUGACCCAAACAGCUUACAGCGUCACAGGGCUUGCAAGGGUGAGAGGCCAUGCCGGUGAGACACCACUUGUGAGACUGAGGAACCCAUGGGGAAAAGGAGAAUGGACUGGCCCUUGGUCUGAAAGAUCAUGGGAAUGGGAUGCACUAUCAGAACGGGACAAAGAACUGCUCAGUGUCCGGGUUCGAAAUGACGGCGAGUUCUGGAUGUCUUUUGAGGACUUUGCAAGACAUUUCACCCAUCUGGAUCUAGUUCAUAUUGGUCCGGAUGACUGGAUGGUGGAACCAGCUUUACAAACAAAACAGCCAUGGAGGGCUGUUCUAGCAAGACGAAGAUGGAGGAGUGGUCACAACGCUGGUGGAGGACCAAACUUUACAGAAACAACAGCAAUGAACCCCCAAUUUCACAUCAUGAUACCACGUACUACAUCGAACAAAUGCCAUGUUGUCGUUUCGGUAACUCAGUACUAUGAAACACAGCCAGAAGCUAAGAAGAAAAAACAUCUCUAUGCCAUAGGUUUCGCAGUUUAUGAAAUCCCUCCGUCCAUGUCGAGGUUGACUCCACAGUUUGUCGUUGAACAGAAACCCUUGGACGUUACAAAUCAUUCUGUAGCAAGAGAAGUGGUGACAUUUUUCACUCUGCCUCCCGGCGAUUAUAUUAUAGUCCCUCAAACCAACAUUCCGAACUGUGAUGGGAAAUUUCUUCUGAGGAUUUUAACAGACGAACAAAGUAACAUUUGGGAAGUAAACGAAGAUAAUAUGGUUUUUAGGAAUAUUUCUGCUGAAUUUUUAGAAGAUGCAUUAGUGUUGCCUGAUGGAAAAUCACUAGUGACAAAAUUACUUCUUAAGUAUCCUCCUGAGGUUGAUGUAAACCAGUUGCAUAAAAUACUAAAGUCACAUUGGAAAGCUUAUCUUCUGGAAAAGCCUUCUAUAGAACUGUGCAAAAGCUUAAUUAUGUUAAGGGAUGUAAACAUCAGCGGAAGAAUCAACUUACUCGAUAUUCCCAUACUCAUGCACAUGCUUCAGUUUUGGAGGAUAGCAUUUGAGAAAUUUGACAAAGGCAACCACGCAAGCAAAACUUCCAGUUACAAUCUAAGAGCACUACUCUGGGAAGCCGGAAGCACAGUGAGCAAUAAAGUCUUGGAAUGCCUUGUCCUUAGGUUUGCUAAAAACACUAUACUCUCAGCUGAAUGUUUUGUAAUGGCGAUGGUCAGACUUCAUCUAGCACAUGAGAGGUAUCAUAGUUUAGACACAAAAAUGAAAGGGAAUCCUAUUUCUUUAGAAGAGAUGAUUCUAAUGACUAUUUAUUCAUAAUAAAACAGGGAUAUUGACCUAAACGAAGGGACAUAGAAAGAAACCAAA